GUGGGUCCAGUUUAUGAGCCGCAAACCAACAAGCGCAGGUUAGCAAGGGACUUCUUUUCAUCCUCGAACAUGAUCUGAAGAACAGAGAACAGAAUAGUGCGUGAUGUUCACCUUCAGAACCGAAAGCGAUGAUACCGCCAUUUUUUUUUUUCUUUUGGAGGCCUCAUCCCCCCGGCAAACUUGAAUGAAAAAGGAAAAAAAGGGGUUUGAAAGGCUGAAUGGCUGAUUCAUCUUAGUAUUGUCCUGAAAUCCCCAAAAUACCCCGCCGAUCUGCCAUCUAUUCAAAUCUCAAAUUUCGUAUCGGAUCAGCCUUUGUCUCUCUCUAAAUCCAUUUCCAGCACACACAGUCUCUGCGAGAGACCCCUCUCCUUUUUAUGGAGCUUCAUAAGCGCCAAGAUCAGGGCCUCCCCGAGAGGAAGGGCCAGAAACGGAAACUGGAGGAAGAUUUCGAAGACGAGCGAGAGAUCUCGGCGCCUCCUACCGGUGACGCUCGAGACGCCCUCCUCGCGGAGGUCACAGCGCAGGUUGAGAUCCUCGACUCCAAUUUUUCAUGGCGUGAAGCCGAUCGAGCCGCUGCUAAGCGUGCGACUCAUGUUCUCGCCGAGCUUGCUAAGAAUGAGGAAGUUGUGAACGUGAUUGUUGAAGGAGGCGCGAUUCCGUCUUUGGUUAAGCAUCUUCAAGCGCCGCCUUCGAGUGAAGGCGAUCGUGGUCAAAAGCCAUUCGAGCACGAGGUCGAGAAAGGGAGUGCUUUCGCUCUGGGACUUCUUGCUGUAAAGCCAGAACAUCAACAACUAAUUGUUGACAACGGUGCCUUAAAACAUCUUGUUGAUCUGUUAAAGAGACAUAAGAAUUUCUCUACUUCCCGUGCUGUGAAUAGUGUCAUUCGAAGGGCUGCAGAUGCAAUCACCAAUCUUGCUCAUGAGAACAGCAACAUUAAAAGCCGUGUCAGGAUGGAAGGUGGAAUUCCACCGCUUGUUGAAUUGCUUCAAUUUACUGAUACAAAGGUGCAAAGAGCAGCUGCUGGCGCACUGCGAACUCUCGCUUUUAAAAAUGAUGAAAAUAAAAAUCAGAUUGUUGAUUGCAAUGCUCUUCCAACUCUAAUUUUAAUGCUCCGUUCUGAAGAUGCUGCUAUUCAUUAUGAAGCGGUUGGUGUAAUAGGAAAUCUUGUACACUCUUCACCUAAUAUAAAGAAAGAUGUUCUUCUUGCUGGGGCUUUACAACCUGUUAUUGGAUUACUUAGCUCCUGCUGCUCCGAGAGCCAAAGGGAAGCUGCCUUGUUACUUGGACAGUUUGCAGCAACUGAUUCAGAUUGUAAGGUUCACAUUGUUCAGAGAGGUGCUGUCCGACCUCUGAUAGAGAUGCUUCAGUCUCCUGAUGUACAACUCAGAGAAAUGUCUGCCUUUGCUUUGGGGAGACUCGCACAGGACACCCAUAACCAAGCUGGUAUAGCACACAAUGGUGGCUUAGUGCCAUUACUCAAGCUCCUUGACUCAAAAAAUGGGUCUUUGCAGCAUAAUGCUGCUUUUGCUCUUUAUGGCCUUGCAGAUAAUGAGGAUAAUGUGUCUGAUUUCAUUAGGGUAGGUGGUGUUCAGAGACUCCAGGAUGGAGAGUUUAUUGUUCAAGCAACAAAAGAUUGUGUCGCAAAGACGUUGAAAAGAUUAGAGGAGAAGAUUCAUGGCCGUGUCCUGAACCAUUUGUUAUAUCUUAUGCGAGUUUCAGAGAAGGCUAUCCAAAGACGAGUUGCUUUGGCUCUUGCUCAUCUUUGUUCUGCAGUUGAUCAGAGAACCAUUUUCAUUGAUAACAAUGGUAUACGUUAUUCCUGCAUAAAAUUAAUUUUAUGGCCGUUCUAUUUUACUCACUGUUUAUGUGUUCUUGUAGGUUUGGAAUUUCUUAUUGGGCUUCUUGGCUCUGCUAGUCCUAAGCAGCAACUUGAUGGUGCUGUUGCUUUAUGGAAGUUGGCCAACAAAGCCACGACUCUAUCACCAAUAGAUGCUGCCCCUCCUUCCCCAACGCCCCAGGUUUAUUUGGGAGAGCAGUAUGUGAACAAUGCUACAUUGUCUGACGUAACAUUUUUGGUUGAAGGGAAACGAUUUUAUGCUCACAGAAUCUGCCUACUUGCAUCUUCAGAUGCUUUUCGUGCUAUGUUUGACGGUGGUUAUAGGGAGAAGGAUGCAAGAGACAUAGAGAUUCCAAACAUUAGGUGGGAAGUCUUUGAGUUGAUGAUGAGAUUUAUAUAUACUGGAUCAGUUGAUGUUACUCUUGAUAUUGCCCAAGAUCUCCUCAGAGCAGCUGAUCAAUAUCUCUUAGAAGGACUUAAGAGACUUUGUGAGUACACGAUAGCACAGGAUAUAUCACUGGAGAAUGUUUCUAGCAUGUAUGAACUCUCAGAAGCCUUCAAUGCAAUGUCAUUGAGGCACACAUGCAUCCUUUUUAUCAUGGAGCACUUUGAUAAAUUGAGUGCGAGACCAGGGCACUCUUGUCUGGUUCAACGUAUAAUACCAGAGAUCCGCAAUUAUUUUGCUAAAGCGCUCACAAAAGCUAACUCCCGUGACAUCCGGCUGUAGUAUGUGGCCAUUCGAAUUCUUGACAUCUAAUCUGUUGUGAUGUACAGAACAUGGUAGAUGUACUUCUUGUUGAACGGGGGAAGGGGGUCGCCUUUAUUGAGAAUAGCAAGCUGGAAGAAAUAUCUGACGAGUUAUGCGUGUUGCUCUGAUGCAGCGUAAGUCCCUUCUGUCUGUAACUUGAUUGUGCAGUUGAUAAAUGACCUUCACGAACAAUGAUUUUUCUCUGCUGCGAUAUUGUGAUGGUUGUAUGAUUGGGCAGUUCUAUAGGGGAUUACGUUGCUGGGUUUGUGCUGAUAGGUUUGGUGUUUCUCCAGGCAUGUAUAUGUAUAUAUGACAAUUACGUAGUUGUCAGAGAGAGAAUUAUUUUGGUAGGUCAUUUAUACCAGCCCAUUAGAUCCUGUCCCUUGAUUUGGAAAUUUGUUUUGUUAGUGUGCAGCUACUAAUACGUCACUUAGAUAGAAACCGCUCAAGUAAUGCUGUCAAGAAACAUCGUUACGUAAAGCCAGAGUUCGGGUUAUUCCCCCCCCCCCCUUUUGUUUUUUUUGGAAGAGGAUAAUUUAACUUCUAUUCCUGCAUAAAAGAGAUACAGGGCAGAACCAUUUGUGUCUUCUGGCGGCCCUGAUAAAAUAACAUACAGAGCAGGGCCCCAUGUUUAGUCGUGUACGGGAUUAUUUGCAGUGCUUACUGCUGCCUUUCCAUCACUCCACAUUUGAAUUGGAAGUUGAAAUUUAAGCUUGAGCUCUUUGAGCACCCUUCUCUUCUCGGCUA